AUGGACUUCGAAGCCAGCAGUUUAAGAAACGAGGAACAAUUUUGGGAUGAACUGGACGACAUUCUUAAACGCCAAUGCGAUUCACACGAAGAGAUCGAUAAUAUUUUGCGCACAUAUUUGUCACUGCUCGAGAGUUGCAGAGAUGACUUCUUCAACAUCGACCAUGACAUCAGCCGGUGUACCGAGCUGGUUCUGUCAUCGUCACUAUUCACGAAGAACGCUGAUUACAUACGGCUCCAGAUAAUAUAUAGCUUGCUUCAGGAGGAUUCUCAUGAUAAUCUACUCGGAAUUGUGUGCUUCCUCCUUUUCGAUGGGUGCGAGAAUGAAGCUACAUUCGAGAUGAUGUGUGAGGAAGGGGCAUUUUGUCGACUAUUGGAGUUAAUACAAUCAUUAAGGAACGAUGACCAUUCCGGUAUUGGGGUCGAAGCUAGCCUGCACCGAUUAUUAAUGGAUCUAUUAUAUGAGAUGUCGAGGAUUCAGAGAAUUAGGAUUGAAGACUUAGUGACGGUGGAUGACGAGUUUAUAAAGUAUCUGUUGCAGAUAAUUGAGGGACCUCCUGAAGGAUUAAAUGACCCCUAUCAUUAUCCUGUGAUUCGCGUCCUGCUCGUUCUCAAUGAACAAUUCAUGGUGUCCAGCCACGAUCCAGUCGGAGACAGGCCUUUGGCCACUCCACUAACGAACAGAGUUAUGAAAGUUUUAUCAAUACAUGGUAGUCUCUACAAAACUUUCGGGGAGAAUAUCAUUCUUCUCCUCAACCGCGAAGACGAGACUUCUCUUCAGCUGCUCACUCUCAAACUUUUAUACUUGUUAUUUACCACACCCUCAACUUAUGAAUAUUUUUAUACUAAUGACCUCCGCGUUCUUGUCGAUAUUCUUAUCCGCAACCUUUAUGAUUUACCUGAAGAUGCAAUCCCUCUCCGCCACACAUAUCUGAGAGUCUUAUACCCACUUCUUGCCCAUACUCAACUAAAGUACCCCCCGCACGAUAAGCGAGAGGAGCUCAGAAAGCUUUUCACAACGCUAAUUAGGGGGCAAUGGUCUGAUAUAGCAGAGGACAACGAUAACGAAAGAAUACUUCACUUUAACGAAGUAGAUGAUACCACAAAACGGCUCGUCUUACGCUGUAGCCAGGUUGACUGGAUAUGUGAAGGGACUAGCUGGUUCACAAAGGAGUUAUCAGAACCGAUAUCAAAUGAUAACCCGAACGCAAAAGGCCAUAACGGCACGGAUUCUCAGGGAAGCGUUGAAAUUCCCAAUAUUGGUUCCCCAGCCUCUCCUCAAACGAGUUUAGACGAAAACCUCUACGGACGCAACAUCUCAUCUUCCCCUGUCCAUCAUCUGUCUACCGUGUCAACUACUCUUAAAGUCGAAUCCGCACGCUCUUCCUCCCACAGCAUUGUAGAGGUGGCCUCACACAAAGAACAGCCGGGUAUCACACUACCGACCAAAGGCCCAGCUGUACUGAAACAAAAGCCAGAACCUCCGGUGGCACGUCGCUCAAGGGCACGUCGUCGAGCAGAAUCAAAGGACAAAGACGAGGGAGCAAGUCCCCGUAGAGUUUGCCGAGGGUCAUCUGAAUCAGGGCUUUUAAAGCAUUCGAAGGACCAGGAGUAUGCAGCAAACACAUCAACCCCGUCUCCUAUUCAUGAAAUUAACGACAACACCGCUUGCUCAAGCCCAACUAUGGUUCAAUCACCUAAUUCAAUCGCAUCUACCUCUUCAUGUUACUUCCCAUCACCUCAUUCGCAUAAAGCCCAUAACCUACACCCUUCCAUUCCACCAGCACUCCCUCCUCCCCGCAGAUCCUCGCACUCGGUACCUCCACCUCCUCAUACAAGAUCCCAUAAACAUCCCCAUCAUCAUACACGGCAGCAACACUCUGCCACACGACCUCCUCCUCCGCCUCCACAUAAUCCGCAUAACUGCCUAGGUAAUCGCCCACCGCAAAAGCCAGAACCACCAAGAACUAGGCGUUGGCGUGCUCACCAACACCAUUUGAAGCAACAAGAUACUAAUGGCCAUGCUACCCCCAAUACCAAGGGAUGUACCACAUCUACCGCCGAAACCAACACCAAUGUACCUUCAUCACCUCAGUCUCCAGCGUUGCAGACGAAUGGAAUGACAGAGUCUCCUUCCACCCCCAAAAUUACGAUCGAAAUGGCUGAAAACGGGCUUUCAAAACAAAUGGAGAAAACGCAUAUUAACUAA